AUGACCGGAUCCCAGGGAAUAGCAGCUCACAAGAACCCUCAUAUUCGGAAUGUAGCCGUUUUGCAACGUAAGCCCGAUCAGGAAUAUGCACUAAAAAUAAUGAAGGAAGUUGCACAUAAAGUGUCCUACUUAAUGAAGGAAAACAACUUUAAAGUGGUUAGUCUUGUGGAAUUUUACCCUCGCGACCAACGACUUUUGGGUAUGAACGUUAAUCGUGGACUAAAGAUAAUGUUACGACUACGAUGUCCCACGGACGAGGUUCAGUUUCUACCGAUGGAAUCUAUAAUGGGCACCAUGUUGCACGAAUUAACUCACAACUUAUUUGGGCCCCAUGACAAAAAGUUUUAUGAUAAGUUAGACGAGCUGAUUGUGAGGCAAUGGGUUAUUGAACAGAGGGGCCUACAUGACGCGUUCUUGGGUAACGGCCAACGUCUUGGCGGGAGACCGAAUGUAGUUUCGAGUAAGUAUCCCAUGACGGGGGUGAGUACUAAUACGGGGAUAGUGAGACGAAGGGGCAAAGGUGUCAAGUUGGGGACUCUGAGUCUGGGAGGACAGCCGUCUCCCAACAGGAGCAAAACUCCAAGAGAGAUGGCAGCCUUGGCAGCCGAAAGAAGGUAUAAGGAUGAUCGUUGGUGUGGAGAGAAAAAGAGUAGUAAAGAUCAGAUAAAUGAUUAUAACGACGACUUAUUGGAAAUUGUGGUACUUGACGAUGAGAAGGAGCCCUCACGGACCAAGCGAUCAGAGGUUAUUGACCUUACGUAA